GACACUAGCUAUAAAGUACACACAGAAGGAAAGUUACGUGUAGCUCGGAAAGUACACUGUGUGAAACGUAGGUCUCUGCUCAAGACUGUAAAGCACAGAGCCGAAGAAAGACCAGUUAUUACCCUAGCAGACAGGUAUGGCCAUGUUCCUAGAAGUACUGGCUCAAAUCCUGUUUGGGAUAAUUCUCAUCUGUCUCCAAACUUGGGCGAGUGAUCCUUCCUGUGGGCCGGACCCUCAGCGCUACGCCCUCAACGCUGAGGACAUAAACAUUGCCGUGUUCCUCGACAUACAUCAACCCACCAGUACCGGCUGUGGGCAGAUAAACACGGCAGCUGUCCAAGAACUCGAGGCUGUCUCCUUUGUGUUUGAACGUCUGAACGAGGCGAAUUAUAUACCCGGUGUAAAGCUUGGUUUCGUUGCGUACGACACGUGCUCUAAACCUCACAUGGCGGCUGAAAGUCUACGUCACUUAUUGUCAAGGGUAGACGACCGCUACGUAAACUCCUCAUGUAGUAACACAUCCGAGCUGAUUUUUGGUAUUGCGGGCCCAUCGACUAGCGACGACGCCAUCGCAAUGUCCAGGAUUCUCGCAGCAGAAAACACGCAUAACCGCCUGGUGCAGAUCUCACACUCUGCCUCGGCGACAGUGAUGACCUCUAGCGACAGCUUCAGCAAUACCUACAGUCUCGUGCCGCCCGACGACCUUCAGGCCAAGGCUGUCAUAGAAUUAUUAAAGCAGCUGGAAUGGAAUUACGUGGCACUGAUGCAUACGGAUGAUACGUACGGUGUGAACGGUGCGGCUGACAUCAAGAAGUUGGCGAAUGCCAGCGGCAUCUGUUUGGCCUUCGUCGAGAAACUGUCAGCGAUCAGGGACACAGCACAGGUGCAGAUGUCGUUAUACAGAAUCCUGAUGUACGGUGGAAAGUCCCGAGUCAAAACUUCCGGUGUGGUGUUCUUCGGUUCGGCUGACAUUGCGUUUGAAGUUCUGAAACAAGCGAAGACGUUCGAUGAUCACAAAUUGCAGUUUAUUUUCACAGAUUCGGUACAGUUCAAACCUGAUUUGUUCAUGCACCACUACUUAUACGCCUCGGGAGCAUUGGUCGUCGAGCCAGUGUUUCGUAAGAUUCGAAGCCUGGAAGAUCAUUUGGAAAAUAUUUAUAGUGAUCUGACCAAGCUAUCAAAGAGGUCGGAGACUAAUCCAUGGCUAGAGGAAGCAUUCCGGAAAGCAACCACAUGCAACGUUUCCACGACACUGACGAGCUGUGAAAGGUUAUCUAACGCAACGCAUUUGUAUACGACUUCGUUGUUUACGUAUUACAUGACAAAAUUAGCUUUCUUGUACGGCAAGCUUAUAAAAGAUGUCUACGAGGAGAGGUGCGCACGCCUGCCAUGUUCACAGCUGGAUAAUUUCUCCAGAGAAACCAUCGCAAACAAGCUGUCCGGACUGUCACUGUCAUUUUCGGGAGAGUUCGGACAAGCAAUUGUGCGGGAAAUAGUCGAUGAUGCUUUGGUGUUUCACGUCAACGGUUCCCGAGUGCCAUUGACUGAAUCCAGCGUGGUGUACGAAGUGAAAAACUUGCAACUGAAGAACUGUCCCGCAAAUGACAAGUAUUGCUUUAAAAAGGUCGGCAGUUUCGACGGUCUGGCGCUCAGCCUGAACGUGGCUGACGUUAAGAACUACAACUCUGGUGGGGAAGAGAUAGACAGGAUACCAGCCCAGUGCCCCGUGGGUUCCGUCUGUGAGGCUUGUCUGGUACUUGACGCUGCUAAACGCACAGUGUACGUACCUGGAGAUCUUGUCAUCGUUGCGUUGGCACCUGUGUUUGACAGUGGAAAUGAGCCUUUCACAUGUUCCGGAAUAAGACUGGACAAAGGACUGCAACUCGCCCAAUCCAUUUUGUUUGCCGUAAAAAAGGUGAACGAGAAGGAAGGUAUUUUUGGAGAAGUGUUUCCUGGAAAGAGCAUAGGAACGCUUAUCUUGAACACGUGCUACAGCGAAUCAGUGUCUCUACGAUCGGCUAUGUCUGUUUUCUUUGAAGAUGAACCAUAUUCGGUGUCCAGCGUGGACAAGAUCGCGUCCAAAGUGUUGGGAUUCGUUGGUGCCGUCAGAAGUGACGUCUCUGAAAAAGUGGCCAGUCUGUUGACACAAACGAAACAUGUGCAGAUAUCCUACGCUUCCACGUCGGUCACGCUGAGUGAUAACGUAACCUACCCGUAUUUCAUGCGGAACUGCGCUUCGGACAAACUACAAGGCGAGAUAAUGGUCAUGGUACUGAAGGCCAUGGACUGGAUGUACGUCAGUAUGGUUUACGUAGAUGACAGUUACGGUCAAAAUGGACUCGACAUCAUUCAGACUAUGGCGCCAAGGCAAGGCAUCUGCAUUGCGCAGGUCAUCAAGGUGGAUUAUACCACAAAUUAUUUUUCAGUACUCGAAAGCUUGCGACGGACGCCAUCAAGUAAGGUCGUGAUUCUGUUUUUGAGAUCGACGUCCGCAAAGGCGAUGCUGGAAGCGAUUUCGGUUAAGGAUGACUAUAAGCCGGGAGAGUUUACUUUCAUCUUAACGGAGUCGGUCGGAAACCGAGAGUCUGUUAUUUCCAACGCUCCUGCCGCGCUGGGCUCUAUUUCGCUGCUUCAAGAGCUUCCGCCUAAUAACGAGUUCAAGGAUUUUCUUUCCCAGAGGAAAGUCACGCCUGAUCUUCCCGAAAGAGUCUGGUUGGAAGAGUACUGGGAACCCUACUUCCGUUGUUACAGGCCCACCAGUUAUGAUAAAUCCACGGCAAAACCAUGUGAUUCUGAUGCGUCUCUAACGGACGCUGGAUACCAGCAAGAUCCCUGGGCUCCAUUUGCCAUCAACGCUGUGUUUAGCAUGGUACUCGGAGCCCACGAAGCGGUCCGCGAACUCUGCGACUCCAGUGGAGAGCUAUGCUCCCAGUACCGCAAUAAUCCAUCUAAAGUUCGAGAUAAAAUUUUAAAAACCCGACUGGAUUUAUUCGCAACAGGAGCACAAAUUUCGGCAUUUGAUGAUAACGGUGAUGGCACGGUGGGUUUUGCCGUUUUCAACGUCCAGACUGAUCCAUCGGGAAAUCGAAUCUACGCCCCGGUUGGAUUUUGGAGUAAAGACAAAGGACUCUCCCUGGAAAAAGACAAGUUGAAGUUUCCCAAUGGUAUGGAAUUUCCGUCCUCGGUGUGUCCGAAUGAACGCGAAUGUAACCUCUGCAACAGUGGUCCGCCAUCAGCGCAGAAUUACAGUGCUGCACCGCUGAUACCGACCGUGGGUGGCGUCCUUGGUGUUGUGGUCGUUAUUUGCAUCGUCAUCAUCAUCGUCCUCGUCUACCGGCAGUUCACCACACCACCCAGAGGUAAAGGUAAAGACGACCUCUACCCAGACAUGUGUAGAUCUGACCCUGAGGACUACAUUCAUGCUCUGGAGCUCUACUCCACCAUCAAUGACAGACCGACAGAACCAUACCCUCCACAACACCCUAGCGGGCAAAGUAUCAACCCAGUGCCCACUGGCGUAAGUGAGCAAAGUAUCACCCAGGACGAGAUGGAUAACCCACCUUCGUGCCCACUGCCUCCCGCUCCGCACGAGCAAAGGACCUAA